CAUAGUUUGUUAAACAGCUUUAGCCAUUUGCAGUUGAGCAUGGAUGAAGGCUGACUUUGGGUUAACAUUGUUCGUGGAGAAGCUUCGGGAUCUGAUCUGAUAAGAUCCAGAUAGUGAUCACCUCAUCAACAUAAGCAGCUUGAAAUGUGUAAAUAUCGAGCAUUUUCACCCCAAAUUUUGCUUCGCUCUGUACCAUCGGUGCACGAGAACCAUCAAGGAACCAGCCGCAAUCUUGUUCACUAAUGUUUGACUACGAGUACCGCUCGCUUGUGGACCGCCAGGAUGACGAUCACAUCCGGCUGUUAUCACUUGCCCCUAGCCGAGAUUGGACUGACGCCAUCCAUGUCCGUUUAGUUGAGGCCAGGCUGUCCGACGACUUGGUAUACGAGGCUCUCUCGUACUGUUGGGGAGAUAUCAGCAAAAGGCUGCUCAUUUUUUGCGAUGGAAAACCAUUUCUGGUCUCCGAAAAUCUGGAGACUGCACUCCGACAUCUUCGUCUCGAAGAAUCGGAACGAAUUUUGUGGAUUGACGCCAUUUGCAUAAACCAGGCCGACUAUGAGGAGCGAAAGCAUCAGGUUGGUAUGAUGCGAAGUAUUUACAGUCGUGCAAAGAGGGUCCUGGUCUGGCUAGGAGAGGCCGGUGAAGACAGCGAGCUAGCCUUUGCUGCUUGCGAGCGAAUAGCUAAAGCCAGAGUAGAGCUUCUUACCGACGAAUUCGGUGAUCUAAUGAGCAAUGAUUUUUUGUGGCGUUCGGAUAAAAGCCAGAUCAUUCAACGAAAAAUGGAAGAGCUGAAGAGUCGAAAAUUAAGCGCUGAAGCGCAGGCCGACGGUGCAAAGCAUCAAGCUCAGCAAGGAACUACACAUGCUUUAGAGAAAGACGAUAACGACAUUGAUCUGCAAGUAGAUUCCCCAAAUCUGGUUGGAGCGGAUAGUUCUAAACAGCAGCACGUCGAUGUUUUCGGCAUGGAUGACGAUGCCAAUAGCAACGAAGAGGAAACAGGAGAUGUAUCUGAUGCAACGAAGGAGGAGGUAAUAGCAAUUUUAAAGCUGAUAUCGAGACCUUGGUUCACUCGCUGUUGGGUUCUGCAAGAAUUUGUGCUCGGUCGCGAGGUCCAGCUGUUAUGCGGUACAAGUUCGAUUGAUUCGGACGUGUUCUACGUUGGCUUUACUUUGAUUGUGCUUCUGGGAAACCGGGGGCUCGAAGGCAGGCCCGAACAGAUUCUGCGCGGUGGGUUGGUGCUCAUGCAUCUAUUACGGAUGCAAGUCCAGCAUCCCGAACAGGACACAGUGCCAUUCGAUAUUCUUUGGCUGCUGCAGAGCGCCCGAUCAUUUGGUUCGACUGACCCGAGAGACAAAGUUUAUUCCCUCUUGGGACUGAUUCCAAAGGAGAUGUCAUCGCUGUCCAGAAUAAAGCCUGAUUACACCGUCAGCGUGGAGGAAUGCUACAAGCAGACAGCUCUGGCAAUCAUCUCACACACUAACAACCUCGAUGUUCUCUUGACUGAUCGUCAGACUAAGUGUGAAUUUCAGUUACCUUCUUGGGUUCCUGAUUGGAGUCAACUAGACCGACCUGCUCCAAUCGUCUUGCUUCAGACUGUAGAAAAGGCCACCGACGAAGCUUCAAAGCAACCUAUGUUCUGCGCGUCUCUGGAAGUGAAUUGGACGCCAGAUGUUGACCGCGCCACGAAUUCGUUGAUACUUUCCGGCUACGUACUUGACCGAUUGGUUUUACUUGAGGACGUGCUUACUGUCCCGGAAAUGGAUUUCGUAGACUUGAAUCCCAACUUGUCGUCGGUGCAGGAAUUGGCGAGCUUUAGUAAAAAUCUCUUUUCUGGAUUGGGUAAUUACUUCGAUAUCCUUGUUAGGUGGGAGAAGUUGGCUCUUUCGAAGAAUUAUCCCACCCACCCUACGAACGAUGAUCCCGAGACUGUAUACGCCAUGACGAUGUGCGCGGGAGACUUACCAGGCGGCCCUGAGCAUGGAUUGAUCCGGUUCAGGAGGUGGAGAGAGACGCUUCGCGCUCCAAAGAAGCUCCAACAUCUGAAAUCUCUAGGCAUAAAGGGGGGCUUCUACAAAACCCUCGCUGGCCUCAGCGGUAUGGUUUCGGGUAGAAGAAACCUUAGCGAUCGCGUGUUUGCGACCGCAACGGAAAAGACACUAUAUCGCCGUCUGGCAAGGACCGAAAAAGGGUACUUGGCCCUUGUGCCUCGCCAAAGUGCUGUGGGUGAUCGAGUCGCGCUGUUCAAAGGAGGGAAGACCCCAUUCUUGGUGAGACAAGCAAGAUUUGGAAUGGGGUGGGAAUUGGUGGGGUCAAUGUAUAUUCACGGACUGAUGUAUGGCGAGCAAUGGAAGACUGAGCUGUGUCAAGAUAUGUUCAUUGUGUGA